AGGAUAUCCUUGCCACGCUUCCACCAUGCGAAUAUAAAAACCACGGGAACGUGCAAAUCGUGACUCUCCCAUCUUCGACCGUGAAAUCUCCGGUUAAGAACAAUGGCCGACGUGGAUACGACCACCAUCCACCUCAUCGACACUGAAGAUAGGGUUAGUAGCCUUGUCGAUGUGAUCAACGCACAUCGCUUCGAGCCACUCUACAUCGAUCUGAAAGGUGUCAAUCUCUACCGCGGAGGUACCCUGAGCCUGAUGCUAAUCUACCUGGAAUGCACUAACGACAUCUAUGCAGUGGAUCUCCAGACCCUCGGCGCCCGGGCCUUCUCGACGACCGCGAGUUCCCGUUUCUACGACACCACCAGCCUCCAAACCAUCCUCGAGUCCCCCGAAACCCCCAAGGUCUUCUUCGGGGUGUGGGAUGGCUCGGACGCGCUGUUCAACCAGUUCCAGAUCCUCAUCCAGGGCGUCGACGACCUCCAGCUGAUGCAGCACGCCGCCUCGGGCGGGUGGCUGCGCGGCAACGGCCGGGUGACCAACCUCGCGGCGUGCAUCAGGGACGACGCCGGGCUGACCGAGCCCGAGGCGCGCCGCUGGCGGGCCGACAAAGAACGCGGCCGCUCCGGCUACUUCUACAUCGGCCGCGACGGCGACGACCACAUCCUGCGUCGCCGGCCGCUGGACGACGACUUCCUGAACUACUGCGCGGCAGAUGUCGCGUACUUCCCCAGGCUCCGCCGCCGGUAUUCGCGCCCGCUGGACGUGUUCUGGAGGUGGAUGGUGGAGCGAGCGGCGCAAGCCCGGGUCGCUGAGUCCCAGGAGCCCAGGUUUCGGACUCGCGGUGGCUGGCGCGGUCGGAUCCUCGGGCCCUGGGAUGGGCAUCGGGUGCAGGGUCUGCGGACGAAGUUCGUCGAAGAGACUGGGGAAGAUUACGAGUUUGAGAAGGGGUGGGCGGUUAAAUGCAAGAAUUGGCGACAAUGACUUGUGAGCAUACGGACCGAGCCUUUCUUGCGGUGAGGUUUAUCUAAGUUCUUCCUUUCUACCAAAUGAAU